CACGCCCUCUCGAUUAGUUCCACUUGGAAAUUUGGACAGCAUACCCACAGGUACAGAUAACAGCUUUUUAAAGCUGGCGUGGUAGUUGAACGGAUCAGUUAUUAAAUCGGACUCAUUCAACACUUUUAAGUCUCGUCAUAACGAUAAUAAUAUAUAAUAAAUUUAGUACGUCAUCCGGAGGAGUUACCGGCCCAGAAGUUACAGGCAAGAUUUAAAAAAAAAACAAAAAAAACAACGUUUCUAAACUGAAUAAUGUGUGUUACCUGGUUUAUGGUCAAUGAAGAUCCAGAAAUUAGCGGCUACAAACUUGUACUAGCUUUUAAUCGUGAAGAAUACUUUAACAGACCAACAAGCCACGCCAAUUUUUUGGGAUCAAACAAGGAUACGCUGUAUGGUGUUGACAUGAAACCUGGAAAAGAAGGUGGAACCUGGCUGGGUAUCUCAACAAAAGGCAGAGUGGCAUUUGUUCUGAACAUCAGAGGAACUGGUAACCCUGAUCUCAAAGGCAGAGGUUUGUUAUAAGA